GCAACUUCCUGUAAAUUUCCUGCGUCCUUUUCAUGGUGAUGUCUGUAUGAAAAGUUCUUUCUGCCUAACUGAUCUUAAAUCGAGAAUCUUGAGAUUAUUAAAUAUCUGACGCCCUUCGUUUGUUUGUCGUUAACGUAACUAUCCGUAAAGGAAUUUUGCACCUUUUAGGGUACUCUUGUGUUGAAAACGCAACGUUGACUGCAACUUCCUUCUUUUUCAUUACUUCAGUUGUUUCAGGAUAUUAUAAGGGUUGAAGGGAGAUUUUGUUUUUCACUUUUAUCUUUCAGUACUUGACUAAACGCCCUUCUUCCCUUUUCAGAACUGCCAUAAAAUGCAAAAUAUCAUUAUUCGUCAGUACCGCUUUCUUGCAAAGUACCUGGAACCUGAAUUCUUCAAAGAACCUACACUUCGAAAUGCUAAUGCAAGACCUCGUGAAAAGCUUCAGCGAUUGUCUCAUGUCCAAUUUAGUGAACUUUUAACAGACGUUGCCGACGAAUUGCAAAGAAGGAUCAAUAAUGAUCCGAAAGUUCCGUUCUUACCUCCUGUGGAAUCAUAUCAUCCAAAGCGUAACCAUGCUCGUCAGAAACUAGCUAGUCUGGCUCCUUCUCGGCUCAGGGAUUUAUGUAUGGAUGUCUAUUUCGAAGUGCAGGCUCGCUAUAAUAACGCACUUAAGGAAGUUGAUACAACACCGACUAUGGCCCAACCUAAUCGAACUAUUUCACACCCUCAACUAUCUUCCCAAAGGAGUACCCAAGCAGCCCAUGGCUCCAAAAUUGAGGGACCUUCAUCUUCUUCUUUACAUCCAUUAGAUCGCAGAACUACGAGCUCGCCGAAUGUUGUCUACCCCAAAAAAGCGAGCCGCGAAACACCAUCCCCGUCAUCACAUGCUUUGCCUAUGGUUCCCGAUGCUACACCAAAGAGUCCUCAUCGUGCACCAGUGCCGCAGACAGAGGAUUCACCAUCCAAGUAUUUAGCUAAAAUUGAAAUGUUGGAGAACAGUCUCGCCAAAUCAAACUCUCUUUUGGAUAUUUCAAAGUCAGAACUAGAGGCCUUGAAAACGAAACUGAAUUCUGAAGCUGUUCACCAUAAAGGCCAAUUAUUUAACAUGGAGGAGAAACUUCAUGAAAUGUCUUUGCACGUCACGACUUUGAAUGAAAAAUUGAAAGAAGCUCAAAAUCAAAGAAGCUCUUCUCCUGGAGGCUUGGACUCCGAAGUUGAAAGAAGCUUGAAGAUGAUGCAAGGGCUCAUCUUGUCAGAGACUGCAAAGGUGCAUCACAUAAAUGAAUUGGAAAAAUCAUUUGAAGCUCAAAAGGGUGAAACAGAACGCUGGAAAAGAAUUGCUAUCAAUGCUAAAGCUUCCAAAAUUGAUGAUGAUGUUCGUUUAUUCACAAUGAACACUGUUCCUAUGAAAACGGUUCGUGAAUUGAUAUCUCCUAAGGGUAUUGUAGAUGAACAACUGUACGUUCGCUAUUUCGUGGAGAUGAAUGUAUUUGUGUCAUCUUUGAGGAAAGAUAACCCUUCGCAGUGGAUGUUGACUGCUAAGGAUCUUGCCUUAACGCUUGAGGCUAUUGUUUCCAGUCUUCGAGAGGCAGCUCUUUCGGAUGAGCUACCAGAUUUACGUAGUAGCAUAGAUGAUUUAUGUACCUUUACUAAUAAUUUGAUGCAACAAGUUCGAGUUACUAGUUCUAAUGGUGCAUUGCCAAUCGGCCAUAUCGAUGCUUCUGCCUGUUCAAUUAGUGUUGCUUUGUUGGAGAUUGUGAAAAAGUAUGGUCUGUUGGACUCAGGUAAAUCUAUUGCUUCUUAUGCAAGGACUUCUCUGCAUCCGGUUGAUGACUUAAAGGCCCUAUCUGCUGCCAAGGUUAUACUUGCUGAUAAAACAAGACGAUACAAUGAAGUAAAUCAACAAGUGUUGAAUGCCAUCAGCGAUGGCAGAGCUACUUAUGAAGUGCAACAACUCAUUCACAUUUCAACCAGCAUUAUCCGAGAUACUUUAUUUGAUGUUUCUGCUCCUUUGGAGAUGAUGAGGGACCGUAAUGCGUUUGGAAUUAUUCAUGUAUCCUUACAAGAAUUACGGAAAAGUUGUAUGCUGUUGUGUGAAUACGAGAGGCAUGAGCAGCCUUCCGAUUCUACGAUUCCUCCGCUCACUGAUCUUGCCUUCACGACUGUUAAAUGUUUCAAAAACAUUCUUCGGUCAAUUGAAGACGCAGAGUUUACCGUCCAAAAAACCCAAUUUUCCAGUAAAUGAGGUAUUUCUUCAGAGUCAUCUAGUUAUACCAAAGAUAUGGAUGAUGAAUGGGGACCGGUUGACAAAAUUUUUGCUUGUAAUUUUUCGCUCUUUACUUGUACAGUAACAAUUCCUAAAGGAAAGUGAAUUUAUUCUUGGUUUGUUAGACCUUAGCUGAAUAGUUUAAGUAUUGCUCCUUACUAAUGAUUUUAAUAUAAUGUUUGGGUUUAUAUCUUGUAAAGCAA